GUCUCUUCUUUGUCACAGAAUGGCAGCGCCGGCCCUUUUUUCACCCUGACACUCAGUUUUGUUUCCUGUACAGCUGUCAGUCGUCUCUUCACCAUCAACAACAUGGCUAUACGCAGAAAAGACAGCUUCCUCUGGGGGAAAGCUCCACCAAAACUCCCCCCAGGAGACAGGAGGCAGGGCGACACCAUCAAGAUUCACAAGUUUGAUCUGCUGGAUGACAUUCAGAAGCUGAGGCUGGAGAUCAAUCACGUCAUGCCAGAAAUCCACAGCCCUGAAAUGAAGGAACAGAAUAAAACUGAUGUGAGAAACAGGAGAUUCUUACGCGGGAAAAAGAAAUUCAACAUGGACCCCAAAAAGGGUGUCCAUUACCUAGUUGAAAAUGACCUGCUGGAAUGGCGAGCAGAGUCGGUGGCUGAGUUUCUUUACAAAGAGGAGGGACUGAAUAAGACCGCCAUCGGCAACUUCCUGGGAGAAAGGGAGGAAAUGCAUCUGCAGACACUGAAAGCGUUUGUGGGCCUGCAUGAAUUCUCAGACCUGAAUCUGGUGCAGGCGCUGAGGCAGUUUCUGUGGAGCUUUCGUCUCCCGGGAGAAGCUCAGAAGAUUGACAGGAUGAUGGAGGCGUUUGCAACUCGCUACUGCGACUGUAACCCAGGGGUCUUCCAAUCCACAGACACCUGCUACAUCCUGUCUUUUGCCAUCAUCAUGCUCAACACGAGUCUCCACAACCCCAACGUGAAAGAAAAACCCAAUCUGCAGCGAUUUGUUACCAUGAACAGAGGAAUCAACAACGGGGAGGACCUGCCUACCGAGCUGCUCACGAAACUGUACGCGAGCAUCCGCAGUGAGCCGUUCAAAAUCCCAGUGGAUGAUGGGAACGACCUCACGCUGACAUUUUUUAAUCCAGACAGAGAAGGCUGGCUUCUUAAAAUGGGUGGUCGAGUUAAAACCUGGAAGAGGAGGUGGUUCAUUUUGACAGACAGCUGCUUGUACUACUUUGAAUAUACCACAGAUAAAGACCCGAUCGGGAUUAUUCCUCUGGAGAAUCUGUGUGUCAGGAAGCUACAAGACUCAGGCAAAUCGUAUUCUCUGGAGUUAUAUAACUCGAAAGGACAAAAGAUCAAGGCCUGCAAGACGGAGAACAAAGGCAGAGUGGUGCAGGGUAAACACCAGUCCUAUAAGCUCAGUGCAGCCAGUGCAGAAGAACGGGACGCCUGGAUAGAUGCGAUCAGAGCGAGCAUCACCAAAGACCCGUUUUAUGACCUGGUGUCUCUACGAAAGAGGAAAGUCAUUAACAACAUUUCUUAACAGGACUGAAACACAAGAUAUGAAUGAACUUAUGACGAAGACUGUUCAGGAAAAAGAAAAACAAAACAGAAUCACAAAGCAUUUCACAGAAAUUAGGAACUGAUACCUUUUAAAGUGUAAAAAAAAGAAAAAGGGAACUAUUUGUGGCUUCGUCUUCACAUUACUUCUGCAAACUGCACACACUACUGCACCGACUUCAGGGGCUGACAGUCUUACUGACAAACAUCUGCUGCAGGGCGAGUCCCAGAGGGGGCAUGGGACCCCUGGAAGCUGAUUGGCUGCUUCUGUUGCCCUCUACCAGAGUCAGAGGGUGAAAGGAAGUUGGCUUGGAUGGAUUACUGAACAGGCCUACUGGGUACAGUUCCAGGGCCCCUGAUAACAUUUAUUGUGGGAAAGAAUUGCACAAAAAACAUGUAUAUCAACCACGAAGAGACGAAACAAAACUAAAAAGAGAUGCAAAAUGACCACAAAGAAACGCAAAACGACAACAGCGGGACUCAAAAUGACUAAAAUAAGACUAAAAGUUCCACAGAUAUGCAAAACAACUAAAAUGAGACUCAAAUGAAUGAAAUGAGACUCAAAAUGACUGUAAAGAGAUGCAAAACGACUAAAUUGAGACUCAAAAUGAUGACAAAGAUGCAAAACGACUAAAACGAGACUCAAAACGACUAAAAUGAGACUCAAAAUUAUUAAAGCAAGACUCAAAAUGAGACUCAAAAUGACUACGAAGAGAUGCAAAACAAACAAAAGUUAUGCAUAACGACUAAAACGAGACUCAAAAUGACUAAAACGAGACUCAAAACGACUAAAAUGAGAAUCAAAAUUACAACAGAGAUGCAAAAUAACUAAAACAAGACUCAAAAUUAAUAAAAUGAGUCAAAAUCUUUACUCAUUUUACAAAUAUGCCCCCCAACCCCCCUCCCUAUUUAAUUGUUGUAAAUAAAGUGAUAAAGCAGGGGUAAAAGAAAAAUAGCUAAAAGAUCCUGUCAAGUUUUAAAAUUAACUUAUGAAUACUUUGAAAUUGUACAGUAUAUUGUAUUUAGCUUGAACAUAUCUAUAAUCACAGUGUUUUUUUAAUGACUGUAUGUAUAAUUUAAUGACUUUAUAUUGAUGGUAGAAUCUACUUGUUGUACAUUAAACCGGUUUAUAGUGAAUCUGUUUGUGUGGCUGUUUGUCCAGCAGAUGGAGCUACAUCAUCAUUACUUCUUCUUUCAUCCAGGUCGUUCAAACAUUAACUUUUAUAUGACACACACUGAAUAUCUUUACAACAUAAUUACUGUUAUUAAUGAUGACGAAGAAAGCAGUUAAGCUACUGAGAAAUGUUAUUAGAUUAAGAAGGUAUCUGAUGUUUAUCUGAAGGCUUUUCCUGUGCAGUUCCUGUUGUGAGCGUGUGAUGCAGUAAGAGUUGUGGUUUCCUGGGAGCAAAAAACAAAACACCUUUGCUUUUGUUUGUGAAAUACAUUUCCUCACGAUGUCAAACAUGGGAGGGUUUAAUCAUCUUGAUAAUGAAAAAUAAACUUCUUCAGGCUUCUUUUUAAAAGCUUAGAGGACACUUAACCCUGCUGCUGUGCUGACAUCAGCUUUAACCUCACUGUUAAAUUUACAUUAUUUUUCCUUAUUCAAACACAAUAUGUAUAAAAGUAUAAAAGUAUAAAAGUGUUAACUCUUCCUGUUGCCAUAAACUGGACUUGCACAAUUGAUGAAGGUGACUAAAUACAGAAAUGACAAUAAAUGAUUAUUACACAAAAAAAUAUAUAUAUACUGUAUAUAUUGGAGAACCUGCCAAAAUCAAAAAUAAAUGAAAAAUAAAUGAA